UAUCACACAUCACACUUGCGCGAAUCAGUCCUGGACAGUUCUGGAAAUUUCCGCAAACGGGGAAGGUAUUCUUGUUCGUUGCAACAUUCAGUCGUUUUCGUACGUGCAACGCAUAGUGGAAAAUCUACUUUCUAUCGAUCGUUAAAGUGAAUUUUUCCAAUCUCGAGCACGAGUUCUCCAGGAUAUCCGGCAACAUGUCUUUGUUCAGGUCAUUUAUGGGCGAUGAUGAUAUUUUCAAUAUUUUCGGAUCUUCCAUGCAUACCAUGAGGCAGAUGAACAGCAUGAUGAACUCUAUGUUCCAUAAUCCAUUUGAGAUGAUGGGGCAAAAUGCUCUCAUGCUUCAUCAUGGUAGAGGAUCUCAAAAUGAUAUGUCAGUCUCCUUGUUUGAUCCACAUUUUGGAAGAUUUGGUUUUAACAACAUGGCAACUGAUGGAAAUUGUCAUUCGUUUAUGAGCCAAUCUGUUAUGACUAUGUCCAAUGGUCCCGAUGGGCGUCCACAAGUUUAUCAGGAAACCAUGUCUACUAGAAUGGCACCUGGUGGCAUAAAAGAAACUAAACAGACCGUAAGUGAUUCUCGUACUGGAACAAGGAAAAUGGCUAUUGGCCAUCACAUAGGUGAAAGGGCACAUAUCCUUGAAAGGGAACGUAACAUGCAUGGUGAGGAGGAAGAACGACAGGAAUUUAUCAAUCUUGAUGAAGAUGAAGCCGAGACUUUUAAUCGCGAAUGGGAAUCACGUACGCGGCGGGUACGUACUGGUGCAAUUGAUAAUGGAAAUUCAGCUAGAGUUGCCAGUAACAGCAGGCAUCGACCAGAGCCAAGACAGUUGGCCUUACCAUCUAUUACAGAUCCAUCAGCAAGUCGACAUUCUAAUAAAGGUACGAGAUGGAUACCCAGUACUAGACGUGCUAUAAGGGCCUUAAAUCCUUCCAAAGUAAAAAAUACUACUUCUCCUUCUACACGGUACAGCCGCAAAUAUUAAUAAGUUAAAAGCAUAAUAUAUACAGCAGUGACACUUGCGCAACGUAACUUCAAGCCUCCAGAAUCUGCAACGUCUUCGAGAGCUGAAGUGUUAUCAGCAUCACCGUCUGCAUCAGGGUCCCGAAAACGCGAGCACAAACCAGAUAGACAAGUUAGUAAUAAGCGUCACCAAGCUGUAUCCGAUAGUGACGACUAGAAUAUCUCAACCUAUUAUCUGCAAUACAUUUUAUCUGCAACAUACCUAUAAUAAAAUCUCAUGUAACGAAGUUUAAAUUAAACAGACUAGGAAUAUA